CACUUCCGGAUUUCCCCGCCCCUCAUCUCAUUCCUUCUCCAAGUAGGAUAGGAACAGUAAUCUUUAUAUAUAUAUAUAUAUAUAUAUACAUACGCCCGUGUCCGUCUAGCAGUGUAGACGAAAUCUACGCAUAUCCGGCUAGGUUUCCGAUUCUUGCUUUGUUGAAUUCCUUCCCUUUGUUCCGGCGGUGAGCUUGCUACUGAGUUGUUUGGACGGCGAAGCAUUGAGCUAUGCAGACUGCGCAGACGGUUUUGAGCUUGAGACCAGGUGGUGGGAACCGGGGAGGAGGAAGUAGAGUGUUUGGGCCUCGCUUUGAUUUCCCGUCGACUGCCAGCUUUGAUCUCCCUGUGUUUCGCCCUCAUGGCGACUCUUCUGCUCUCCAUUCCUUCAAGACUGGAGAUUCUCAAUUUGAGGCACGGGAAUGCAUUCGAUAUAGUCGAGAGCAGCUUCUUCAACUAAGGGAGGUGGUCGAUAUCCUUGAGGGAAUAUUGAAAGCCAAACGGGAAGUUGAAUCUGAACUAUCUGGUGAAAAUGCCAAUCGGGCCCAUCGAGAAAACAAUUUACAAAAUCAAUCCCAAAUCCGUCAUACUGAACCUAAUAACCGUGAUUGGCGGAACCGGUCAGCACAAUUUUCUGUGCAAAAAGAAGAAAGAUCAUGGCACAAUCAACCCAACCCAGAGGCUGUCAGAGCUCAAAUCUCUUCGAACCAAGGGGGAGGACCAGCUCCUGCUCUAAUCAAAGCCGAGGUACCAUGGUCUGCCAGAAGGGGCAAUGUUUCUGAAAAAGAACGCGUUUUGAAAACCAUAAAGGGCAUACUUAACAAGCUGACCCCUGAAAAGUUUGAUAUCCUUAAAGGACAGCUUAUAGAUGCUGGGAUAACUAGUGCCGAUAUUUUGAAGGAUGUUAUUACCUUGAUAUUUGACAAGGCUGUACUGGAGCCAACAUUUUGCGAGAUGUAUGCCCAAUUGUGUUCAGACCUCAAUGAGAAGCUGCCUCCAUUUCCAUCUGAUGAACCUGGCGGAAGAGAAGUAACGUUUAAGCGAGUGCUCUUGAAUAAUUGCCAGGAGGCCUUUGAAGGUGCUGACAAGCUGCGGGAAGAGGUGCAACAGAUGACUGCUCCUGAGCAGGAGUCGGAACGCAGAGAUAAAGAAAGGUUGGUCAAAUUGCGCACUCUUGGAAACAUGCGUCUUAUUGGAGAGCUUUUGAAGCAAAAGAUGGUUCCUGAAAAAGUUGUUCAUCACAUUGUUCAGGAACUGUUAGGGCAGGAUCCGAAAAGCUGCCCAGAAGAGGAGAAUGUUGAAGCUAUAUGUCAGUUCUUCAACACCAUUGGUAAACAGCUUGAUGAUAACAAAAAGUCGAGACAUAUCAAUGAUAUUUAUUUUAGCCGAAUGAAAGAGUUAUCCACAAAUCCUAAGUUGGCUGCACGGCUUAAGUUCAUGAUCCGUGAUGUUCUUGACUUGCGUGCAAAUCACUGGGUUCCAAGGCGUGAAGAGGUUAAAGCCAAAACUAUCACUGAGAUUCAUUCAGAGGCAGAGAAGAAUUUGGGCUUGCGUCCCGGUGCUACUGCGAGUAUUAGGAAUCCUCAUGGUAUUGCUCCAGGGAGUACAAGUCUUGGUGGCUUCCCCAUUAAUCGGAUGAUGCCAGGAAUGCCAGGGACAAGGAAGAUGCCUGGGAUGCCUGGACUUGAUACUGACAACUGGGAAGUUCCAAGAUCACGUUCAAUGCCAAGACGCAAUGGACCAAUCAUUGAGCCUGCUGGGCGUGCUCAACCGCCACUUAUUGGCAGAUCACCAUCAUUAAAUCCAAGAUUUCUUCCGCAGGGUAGUGGUGGUCAGGUCAAUGCACCCAUACAAGCUAAUGAUGCAUCCCAAGUUCCUGUCUCAACCAGACAACCUCCCACUGCAUCUGGUUCUCCAGCGACUGAAAGAGUGCAGACUCCACCAGAAAAACAUAACCCAGUUGAACUCAAGAGGAAAACUGUUGCACUUUUAGAUGAAUAUUUCAGCGUUCGGCUUUUGGAUGAAGCCUUGCAGUGUGUUAUGGAACUGAACUCCCCCCAAUAUUUCCCUGAGGUUGUAAAGGAAGCCAUUGCCCUUGGAUUAGACAAAAGCCCACCCUGUGUUGAACCAGUAGCAAAACUUCUCAGCUACUUAUUUUCUAAGGAGAUCUUUUCUUCUAGGGAUUUGAGCACCGGAUGCCUGCAAUUUGCUGUUCUGUUAGAUGAUCUUGCCAUGGAUUUGCCAAAAGCACCAGCCAAUUUUGGUGACAUCACCGGAAAACUAGUUUUGGCAGGGGGGAUAGACUUUGGUGUCAUCAAGGAGAUCCUGACGAAGGUGAGUGAUGACUUGUACCAGAAAGACGUAUUUUCUGCUGCAAUGCGUGUUGUCAACUCCAGCCCAUCUGGCAAAGCGGUAAUAGAUUCACAGGCACCUGAUGUUGAGGCCUGUCACAGUUUGUUCCAGUAAAGCUUCACAUGACAAGAAGAGACAUUUCCUGCACACUGUUAGGCCAUUUUUUUUUUUUUUUAAAUUUUAUUGACAGAGCUAUAGUAUUACUAGUUAUAUGAUAGCAUGAAAGCUGUGGAAAAUUUUUCUAGUGAGCUAGUAGAAAGCCAUUGUUUCAUUCAACUAUUCAAGGUAGAAAGAUAAUAGUUCCUUUGUGUUUUUUUUUUUAAAUCCUGGGGCAAAGGUUAAUUGUACCACUCUCCAGGCAAUUUU